AUGCGGGCGGACGAGGCGGGCCCUGCGCCCACGGCGGUGUCGCUGGGCAACGCCGCCACCCUGACCUACACGGUCGCCCCGCACCCUUUUAGCUACCAGACUCUUUUCGCCAUCCUGCUCGCCGCCGCCCCGACGCGGCGGGAAAGGGCGGGCCGCCUGAUGUCCUGGCUGUGGAGCCCCGGGGGCGGCUCCGCGGAGCGGCGCAUUAAGCAGACCCAGACGGCCUUUGCGCGGUGCUUCUCGCGGCAGCUGGAGGUUAGAAGCAGCCCCGUUGUGCUGAGCGUGGCGUGUGCCCUGCUCUCGUAUGGCCAGCCGCACUGGGGCAUGCUGUGGGCGACGACGCAUGGCUUGUACUUUAGAAGCGCGGCGAGAGGCGACCGCUUUCUUUUUCCUCUCAAACGCACCAGCGAGACGCAACGGUGGGCGGAAACCACCGAGGAUCACGACGAGGCCUGGGGAGACGAGGCGGAGGCGGUUAGGGAGGUGUUGCCGUUCAAGGACGUCGUCUCCCUGCUUCCCUCCGUCGCGCUGGCGGUGGUGGAGGACGGUGCGCCGUACGUGACGGGCAUACCGAACCCGGUCGUGAGGCCCAACGCCCUACAAGUCUUCACCGUCUCCCCCAAUCAGAUCUACCAGUUUGUGUACCUCCACACACUGACGGUAAUCCCGCCCUCUAGCCUCCCCGCCAUGGAAGGCAACUUCGAAAAUGUGCUGCUGCAGCACGAGUAUGACACCAUUAAAUCAUUGCCCAGUGAAUUCGAUGCCGUGACGUUUUGCGCCCUAACCGAGCGGCUCUGGGAAGCGCGUCUGAAGUCACUGCAGAUACCGUCUUGUCGGGACGGCGUUGCAUACGCCGCGAGUCACUGA